GAAAACGCAGCGACACCGCAGGCUUGUCCGGACCCUGUAGUCGUCAAAUCUCAGCACAACGAGGUUUUUUAUUGCGUUGACAAACCUGCCGGGCGGCUGUGACUCCGUUUUUCUCUGGACAUCCUGGACUCUUUCCACUGGGUCACUGUAUUAAGAAGGAGGAGGAGGUUCCAAAGGCCCCAUCUGUAGAGGACUUCCCGAUGAGGGGUCUGAAAAUGGGAACGUCUGACAUAGAAGAAACUGGCCCACCCAGCUAUCUCACUGAUCUGUGAGCAGCCAUGCUUUCACUGCAUCACCCGUCGAGGGGCACCCCUCCCCAUAUGCGGGACUGUUUUCUGACAUAGAUUUGGAGAAGAAGGAACAGCUAAACCUCACAGUAGAAAUGGCAUUAGCUUGUAUUGGCUAUGACAGAGCAGAGUACAUAUUAGAAUUCAGGUGAGGCUGAAUCCCGAGCCAAUACCCACAGGACGUUGAAGAAGGAGGUAAACAGCCUCAAAUGACCUUUGCAGAAGGACAGAGCUAAACCCCAGCUUUGAUGAUUUAGUAUCCACCUUUCUGUCUUGCUGACAAGGUCGUACCAUGGCUGCUGCUGAUCCCCAUAGCAACAGUUCCUUAGUGGGGCGAGGAGCAGACUGAGAGAGUCAACAAUGCAGCGUAACGGUGGUGGAGUGGGUGCCGGAGGACAGCCAUGGGUUUUGAGGCGUGUGCGUCUCACGUGGCUCAGUUUCAUGCUCUUCUUCAUCCUGGUCUUCUUCCCACUCAUCGCCCACUACUACCUCACUACCAUUGACGAAGCUGGGGGUCCCGACAAGCGCAUCUUUGGGCCGCGGCCCGGUGGCGAAUUGUGCGAGGCCAAACAUGUGCAGGAUCUGUGUCGCAUCCGUGAGUCGGUCAGCGAGGAGCUGCUACAGCUGGAGGCCAAGAGGCAGGAGCUCAACGGGGAGAUCGCCCGACUCAACCUGCGCAUCGAGGCCUGCAAGCGCAGCAUUGACAGUGCCAAGCAGGAUCUGCUUCAGCUGAAGAAUGUCAUCAGCCAGACGGAGCAUUCAUAUAAAGAACUGAUGGCCCAGAACCAGCCCAAGCUGUCUUUACCUGUCAGGUUGCUGCCAGACAAGGAGGAUCCUGGCCUGCCACCACCCAAAUCUGCACGCUCCUGCCGCCUGCGCUCCUGCUUCGACUAUGCUCGCUGUCCUCUUACAUCUGGGUUUCCUGUAUAUGUCUAUGAUACAGGCUCCUAUCUGUGGGGGGAUUAUCUUGACCCUCUAGUAAAGCAAGCCUUUGCAGCAUCCGUUAAGAGCAACAUUUAUGUUACAGAUAAUCCCAGCAUUGCCUGUCUGUAUCUGGUGCUGGUAGGGGAGCUACAGGAGUCUCCCUCCUCCCCACCACCUUCUGAGCUGGAGAAGCAACUAAAAGCUCUUCCUUACUGGAGAUCUGAUGGACACAACCAUGUGCUAGUGCAUCUCUCUAGAAAGUCCAUGACACAGAACUUCCUGUAUAAUGUGAGUACAGGACGAGCUGCAGUCGCGCAGUCCACCUUCUUCGAGCAGCAGUAUCGCGAAGGCUUCGACCUAGUGGUGUCCCCACUAGUCCAUGCCCUCUCUGAACCCAACUUUCUGGAAGUGCCCCCUCAGGUUCCUGUGAAGAGGAAAUAUCUCUUCACUUUCCAGGGGGAGAGGGUGGAGUCACUGAGGAGCAGUUUGCAAGAGACGCCCCCUCAAUCUUUUGAGGAGGAAAUGGAAGGAGAUCCACCAGCUGACUAUGAUGAUCGCAUCAUUGGCACCUUAAAGGCAGUGCAGGACAGCCACUUGGAUCAGGUGCUGGUGGAGUUCACCUGCAAGAACCCGAGGCCCAGUUUGCCGACUGAGUGGGCUCUUUGUGGAGAGAGGGAGGACAGGCUGGAGGUGCUCAAGGCUUCUACUUUUGCCCUGGUGAUUUCUCCGGGGGAUGGUCAGCUGGUGGCCUCAGCAGGCUGUGGAAUGAGGCUCUUUGAGGCCAUGGAGGUAGGGGCCAUCCCAGUCGUGCUAGGAGACCACUCCAGACUACCAUACCACCAGUUAAUUCGAUGGAGUGAAGCUGCUAUUAUAGUCCCUAAACCUCGUGUGACAGAGCUACACUUCUUGCUGCGCAGCCUAUCAGACAAUGACAUGUUAGCUAUGAGGCGGCAGGGCCGCUUUCUGUGGGAGACGUACUUCUCCACAUCAGAGAAUGUUCUUAAUACUAUCCUGGCCAACAUCCGAACCAGCAUUCAGGUUCCUGCUGCACCUAUCAAAGAAGAGCCUGCACAAGAGAUUCCUCACAAAGCAGGAAAACUAGCAGGAACUGAUGCCAACCUGGCGGACAAUGGUGACCUUGAUUUGGGUCCCGUUGAGACAGAGCCCCCCUACGCCUCUCCACGCUUUCUCCGCAACUUCACAUACACAGCUGCAGACACCUACAGAGCAUGGAACCGUGCUCCAGGACCUUUCCAUCUGUUUCCACACACCCCUCUGGACCCUGUCCUCCCCUCUGAAGCCAAAUUCCUUGGCUCAGGUACUGGUUUCAGGCCUAUCGGUGGAGGUACGGGAGGCUCAGGGAAGGAGUUCCAGGCAGCCUUGGGAGGGAACGUGCCCCGAGAACAGUUCACCGUGGUCAUGCUGACUUACGAGAGGGAGGAGGUACUGAUGAACUCACUGGAGAGGCUGAAUGGACUGCCAUACCUCAACAAGGUGGUGGUGGUGUGGAAUUCACCCAAGCCUCCUUCAGAUGACCUGCUGUGGCCAGACAUCGGCCUCCCCAUUGUGGUCGUUCGCACAGAGAAGAACAGCCUCAACAACCGCUUCCUGCCAUGGGACGCGGUGGAAACCGAGGCCAUCCUCUCUAUCGACGACGACGCCCAUCUCCGCCACGAUGAGAUCAUGUUUGGGUUCAGAGUGUGGCGGGAGGCCAGAGAUCGCAUCGUGGGUUUCCCCGGGAGGUAUCACGCGUGGGACGUCAACCAUCAGUCCUGGCUUUACAACUCCAACUACUCCUGUGAGCUCUCCAUGGUCCUGACAGGAGCUGCUUUUUUCCACAAGUACUACGCAUACCUGUACUCCUACGUCAUGCCCCAGGCCAUCAGGGACAUGGUGGACGAGUACAUAAACUGCGAGGACAUUGCCAUGAACUUCCUGGUGUCUCACAUCACCCGCAAACCACCCAUCAAGGUAACCUCUCGUUGGACUUUCCGUUGCCCCGGCUGCCCUCAAGCUCUUUCACACGAUGACUCGCAUUUCCACGAGCGCCACAAGUGCAUCAACUUCUUCGUCAAGGUGUAUGGCUACAUGCCGCUGCUCUACACGCAGUUCCGCGUGGACUCGGUGCUAUUUAAGACUCGUUUGCCGCACGAUAAGACCAAGUGCUUCAAGUUCAUCUAGCAUCAGGCAUAGCGACCCAGCAGAGACCCAGAGCCAAAAGCAGAGUGGACUUGGAAGGACCGGCGGUAUUUAAAGAAAACACUGCGAGCGGUGAUGAAGAUGGAUGGAUGGACUGGCAGAGAAAUGCACAGAAGGAAAUCGUUUGGGGGUUAGGAUUUUACCCUGAGUGGGAAAGACAAGUUACCCUUAAAAGCUAUUGGCUGGUGGUCUGAUCCACAACUCUACUGGAAGUUUGAUGAGCUGAAAGGGACCACUGCCAACUAAAUAAGCCUUUUCAGUGGAUGUCACUUCCCCCUUUUUUUUUCAUGUUCUUUAAUCAUGCUCCAUCAUCAACCACUACAGAUGUUAUUUGCACCUCUUUACCGGCCUGCUGAGGAAAGAGGGCGGUUGUACACAGUGUACAGAAACUCUCCCAGGAUAAACUCUACCUGACAACAGAACGAUCGGUUAAUGAUUCACAGACAGACAAGCUGCGUUCAGCUGAGAGAGCCAAAGUGGCACACUGUUGCUACUGCGCUUUUUUUCCGUUUUACAGUUACAAACUGUACUUCUUGUACAUGUAAGUGAGAGAAGCACUGAUGGUGAGAAAUAUUUUAUUGAAAAAUCUGUUUUUUUUUUUGUUUUUUAAUUAUGUUGUUAAAUUCUGUAAAUCUAUGUGGGACAAACAUUUUUCAGAAGCUCUGCCUGUGGGAGAUCAGACACAGACUCGUUAGUCGGAGAAAAAGACAGGACCUUGACUGAAGAGUAAAACAGGUUGGCCUAAUCAUGUUUAGUUACGUGGUCAAGAAGGAAUUCACUUCAACAGUCACCAUAAUGCCUCAAAUUUGUCAUGAAAACCAGCCACCAUUGUGUCAUUUUGUUAUGCUUAUAGGUGCCGCACUCUUUGAGUGUUUAAAAAGGCUUGUUUUUUUAUGCUAUAGGGUGUUUACUAAUGUUUGUAAAAUUGGUCGGAAAGUGGAAGUAGUCAUGUUUUAAAUGUAAUAAUAUCCACCAACCAAUGGUUGCAUUUCCCUUACUAAAGUGCAACAAGCUGCCAAAAACAACAAAAAUUAGGUUUGGAUGUCUCAUUGAGGUUGUAAUAAUGCAGAAAGUCUCCAGUCUGGUUAAAUGUACUAUUAGGACUCUGGUUAAAAAUGUAGGUUUAAUAUAUGGCCACUUCUGGCUUUGAAACAUAAGUAUUAGAUAAUGUCCUGCUAUGAUCAUGUGACCCUUCUGUACAGAACAUACCCACCUCAGACAGAAACGUCACUUUACAGUGUCGCCAUACUGGUUUCACUUUGUUUUUGUUGUUGUUUUUUUUUUUACCAUUGCUUGAUGAAUGUUUGCCAAAUAGGUACGAUGUCUGCUGCUCCGCAGCGUCAUUAGCGGGGUGAACAAUGCAGAUGCUCGCUAAAGAGAUGCAGUCUGGUGCAUCCACUCUGCAUGGUACUUUACCGGGAGUUCAUCCAUUGGGGCCCAACCCAUCAUGUAUUAUAAUUCCAAAGUCCUAUAUUUGACCUUGUUGAACUUAAUUCCUGUAAUCUGAACAAAAGAUCCACAUAAGAAACAAGAAAAAAUCAUUUUAAGAAGAUAUAAAGAUAAUGUUAGGAUAUUUUUCCCAAAUAAGGUUCUAACUGUCAGGAUGCUUUUAUGAAACAAAAACUCUCAUUAAGUCCAUGGUUCCUGUAUAUUUAUUGAAUAUAUUAUUAAAAAAAAGAUUUUUUUUUAAAAACUGAUAAUGACACAUGCAAUAAAAUGACAGGACAUUGUAGUUUAUUAUAUUGGAUUGCAAAGAGGUCUCAACCUGAUUGAGCCGUCAGCUUAUUUCAGUGAAAACGAGCUUGUGCCACUGAAUGCUUGAAGGGGGGAUUUUACUGACCUGAGAGCAGCACCGAGGCAGACAAAUGUGUUUUAUAAUGACCAAGAUGACCUAGUUGUUAGAAAGGUCGACCUGUAACUAGAAUGUCAUAAAUUGAGCUCCUGUAACAGCUUCAUGGAGACUCUUUGAAGCCAAACCCUGACAUGCUCCAGGUGGCUGCUGCUGCUGCUGCACUCUCACCCCUCCAGUGACGUAUAGAAAUCUUUGAAUUGACAUGUGCGUUCAAGGAGUCAGAUACCCAAUUACACUCGUGUGAAAUAGCAACAGGGCUUUAAAAAAAAAAAAUCCCAAAUUUAUACUUGGUGUUUCUGCAGCAGCCCAGCUCCUCAGCCCUCGCUUACAUCUCAACGCUUUUAUUGGAGCUCCAGGGGCCUCAUAAUUACCUGUCUGACUCUAAGCCUGUCCUCAGGGCACAGAUUGGGUAAGCUGGUAUUUUGGAAGUUAAAAACCCUCCCAUUCCUCCAGUCCCUGCCCCUCCUUCCCCCUUCCAGUCAAACCCCCCUCUAGGAUCUGUGGCACAGCUGGUUUUCCGUGGCUCAGAACAGGAACAUGUUGGAAGGCCGCAGUCUCUCUCUGCGAGGUGAAAGGAGUUGUGAAAAGUAUGUGCUCCCGCAUCAGAUCCUCAACAGUGGGGAUAGGCUCCAUCCACCUGCAACGCUGCUUUGCGCUGUACCUGACUGAUGACAGCAUCAGACAUACCAUUGAAGGCCAGAUGAAUGGAAAUAAAAACUCUCAACAUUGUU